GACUUCAAAGCAAACACCAACCCAAAACGCAAACACCAAAUCCCAAGCACCAAUCACCAUGUUCCGCUUCAUUGCCAUCUGUGCCCUGGCCACCAUUGCCGCCGCUGCUCCAGGAUUCGUUGAGCAGCACCAUGUCGGACAUGUGGUGGCCGCUGCUCCGGUCGUCACGAAGGUAGGAGCCGUCGUGCACAGCGCCCCGGUGGCCACCUCCCACCAGAGCUUCACCCAGUUCCACAACCAGGCCGUGAUUACUCCCGUCGUGAAGCACGUGGCUCCCGUGGUUCCUGUGGUCAAGACCUUUGCCCCCGUGGUGCCGUCUCCCGUGGUGCAUCAUCAGACCUAUGUCGCCGCCCCCGCUGUCCACCAUGCUGUCCCAGUGAUCAAGUCUGUGGCUCCCGUCGUUCAUCAGACCUACGUGGCCCCUGCCGUCCACCAUGUGGCUGCUGUGCCCGUCGUCAAGGCCGUGCCCCAUGCCGUCUCCCACCAGAGCCACGUCCAGAUCCACCAGAAGGCCAUCAUCGCCACCCCCGUUCUGAAGACCAUCGCCACCCCAGUGGUGCCUGUGGUCAAGGUCGCCGUGGCCGCCGCCCCCGUCACCCAUGUCUACCAUCACUAAAGAAUUCCGUGAAAAUCUUUUUUUGACUCGA